UUUGCCUGGGCUGGCUUUGAACCUCAAUCUUCCUGAUCUCUGCCUCCUGAGUAGCUGGGAUUGCAGGUGUGAGCUACCGGCGCCUGGCUGAUUUAUCUUUUGACUCAUUGUAUUGACAUCAAUUCCAUAACAGAUGGCAUUUACGUAGUUGUUGAGAGUUUUAUGGCUUAUAAGUGCAUUAUUUGUGAUAUCUUUAGUGCUGCUGAGAGUGAAUCACUUUGUAUAUGUUUGGGUAUAUUUUCCUCCACAAUUACUAAGCAAGUGCAUGGAGAACAGAGUGAAAUUUAUCCUUACACAUGUUUCUGUGCUGUACCAAAUUUUUGGUGAGGUGGUUGUGCAUUUCUCAGCUCACUUCAUACACUGUAUUAUAGUUAAGUAAAGAUUUUCAACUUAGUUUAUUGACUUUAUUUUCUUUAUCUUAGCUGUGUUGGAGUAGAAGAACAUUAUGCUGUUGACAUUGACUUGUAUCACUGUCCCAACUGUGCCGUUCUACAUGGUUCCUCUUUGAUGAAAAAGAGGAGGAACUGGCACAGGCAUGACUACACGGAAAUGGAUGAUGGUUCCAAACCAGUGCAAGCUGGAACUAGGACUUUUGUAAAGGAAUUACGCUCUCGAGUCUUCCCAAGUGCCGAUGAAAUAAUUGUAAAGAUGCAUGGCAGUCAGCUGACACAAAGAUACCUGGAGAAACAUGGAUUUGAUGUCCCUAUUAUGGUCUCUAAAUUAGAUGAUCUAGGACUCAGGCUCCCUUCUCCUGCUUUUUCUGUGAUGGAUGUGGAACGUUAUGUAGGUGGUGACAAAGUGAUAGAUGUCAUUGAUGUGGCAAGGCAGGCAGACAGCAAAAUGACACUUCACAAUUAUGUUAAAUACUUCACGAAUCCUAACAGACCAAAAGUGUUAAAUGUGAUCAGCCUUGAAUUUUCAGAUACAAAGAUGUCUGAAUUGGUGGAGGUCCCUGAUAUAGCCAGAAAGCUAUCUUGGGUUGAAAAUUAUUGGCCAGAUGAUUCAGUGUUUCCCAAGCCAUUUGUUCAGAAAUACUGCUUAAUGGGAGUUCAAGACAGCUAUACAGAUUUCCACAUUGACUUCGGUGGGACUUCAGUCUGGUACCAUGUCCUCUGGGGUGAGAAGAUUUUUUAUUUGAUAAAGCCAACAAAUGAAAAUUUGGUACUCUAUGAAUCAUGGAGUUCAUCUGUGACCCAGAGUGAGGUGUUCUUUGGAGAUAAAGUAGACAAAUGCUACAAAUGUGUGGUGAAGCAGGGGCAUACCUUAUUUGUUCCUACAGGGUGGAUUCAUGCUGUGCUCACUUCUCAGGAUUGUAUGGCUUUUGGAGGAAACUUUCUGCACAAUCUCAACAUUGGCAUGCAGCUCAGGUGUUAUGAAAUGGAGAAAAGGCUAAAAACACCAGAUCUUUUCAAAUUCCCUUUCUUUGAAGCCAUAUGUUGGUUUGUAGCCAAAAAUUUACUGGAAACCCUGAAAGAACUGAGAGAAGAUGGUUUCCAUCCUCAAACUUACCUAGUACAGGGAGUGAAAGCACUGCAUACUGCUUUAAAAUUAUGGAUGAAAAAAGAACUUGUAUCUGAACAUGCCUUUGAAAUUCCAGACAAUGUCAGACCUGGACAUCUUAUUAAAGAACUUUCUAAAGUAAUUCGAGCAAUAGAGGAAGAAAAUGGCAAACCAGUCAAAUCUCAGGGAAUUCCUACUGUGUGUCCAGUUUCACGAUCCUCAAAUGAAGCAACUUCCCCAUAUCACUCCCGAAGAAAGAUGAGGAAACUUCGGGAUCAUAAUGUUCGAACUCCUUCUAAUCUAGACAUCCUAGAGCUGCACACAAGGGAGGUCCUAAAAAGACUAGAGAUGUGUCCAUGGGAAGAGGACAUCUUGAGUUCCAAACUGAAUGGAAAAUUCAACAAACAUCUCCAGCCAUCUUCCACGGUACCUGAAUGGAGAGCAAAAGAUAAUGAUCUACGAUUGCUGCUGACAAAUGGGAGAAUAAUUAAAGAUGAGAGACAGCACUUCUCAGAUCAGAGUCUUUAUACAGCAGAUAGUGAAAAUGAAGAAGAUAAGAGAAGGAUGAAAAAGGCAACCGUGAAGAUAGAAGAAAGUUCAGGAAUAGAGAGGACAGAGAAUGAAGAAUCUCGAAAACCACUUAAUAGUAAGUUUAUUAUAAUGUUCAUUUUGAAGCUCUGUUCUUUACUAAUGUGACAAUAGAUAAAGAAACUUGCUAAUUUUAAAGUUUUUAAGUUUGUAGUGAUUGAGUAGUUCAUCUACCAAGGAAGUGCUGAAUGUGAAUGCCAAGUGAUGU